CUAUGACAUAAACAACACCAAAUCCUUGACCUUAAACUUUACGAGCCACUGCUGCUUGAGAAAACCACGUCAAUAUUUUUGGAUUUGUUGAUAAAAAAUUUUAUUCUUAAUAAAAACUAAUUGUGCAGAAGGUAGACAGAAGGCGUGUGCACAGUAAAAUUUGAGCUAAACCUUUCAAUAAUUGAAUUUAGCAACAAACAAAAUGCCGAAAGUUGAGAAAGUGAAAGUAAAUGUUAAGGAAAGGGUCGAUGAUAAUGUUUGUGAUUUGAGUUUAAGUGGUAUUAACGAAAUUCCGGUGCGAGAGAUAGCUUCUUUUAAGCGGGUUACUGUGUUGGACUUGUCGAGCAAUUGUAUCACUUCAUUGGGAAAAAAUUUCAUCACACUAACACGACUCGUCAAAGUCGACUUGAGUAAAAACCAAAUACGUUAUUUACCCGAGGAAUUCGGUUUACUCAGAAAUUUACGCCAUCUGGAUUUGUACGAUAAUAAACUGGAGCAUUUGCCGCUAAGUUUCGGUAAUUUAACAAAUUUACGUUAUUUGGAUUUGAAAGGCAAUCCAUUAACGCCAGCACUAGCUAAAGUGGUUGGUUUUUGUCUCACCACCAAGGAGUGUCAGGAUUCUGCCAGAAAUACCGUGAAAUUCUUGAAUCGUAUGCAAGCCGAAGCUGAAAAGGCUAAAGAGCAGUAUAAACUUGAGGCGCUAACCGCCGACGCUGUACAAACUGAGGAAAUUAGCGCCGAAGAGAAACCGCUUGAAAAUACAAAAUCAAAGAAAUCAGCUGCUAAAAAAGCCAAAUCGAAAUCAAAAAAAUCAAACACCAACAACAAUAACCAUGACUUAAACAAUGAAGUCAAAAUUGCGCCAACAAAUGCCAACAACAAAGCUACGAAAUCGAAAAAGCAAGCGAAUGGUGCGUCGAAAAAGUCCAUUUCCAAAUCGAGCACAGCGCUGACAACGGUCUUCACAUUCUUCAUACUGCUGGCCAUUAAUGUUGUUGUCAUUUAUUUAAUAAUGUUCAAGAAUCCCGAGAUAGCCGAUCGUUUGGUUGAGUUUAUACCACAUCAAUAUCGUGAUUGGAUACUGACCAAAACGGAAAUCUUUCGUCUACGCGUAACCGACUGGAUUUCAGAAUUUCGCACGCCGCCACAGGAACACUGACGGUUCAUUUAUUUGAAGCCGUAGAUUCUGUGAAGCGCUUCAAAUAAAACGUAGAGCGAGUGUAGAGACGGAACAUUUUUAUAAAAAAACAACAAAAAUCGAAAGUGCUUGAGAGAAUUUUAGGAAUAACAACAAAAAUUGAAAGUGCUUGAGAGAAUUUUAGUAAAAACAACAAAAAUCAAAAUUGCUUGAGCGAAUUUCGUAGAAUAAACAGCAGUCAAGCAGUGAAUAAUAAAUAAUACACGGUUAAUGCGGUUGAAAGUUUGAUCAGACAACUGUGUCGCGUGCAACCAAAGAGCAUUCUAAAUACAUAAGUGAAAACAAAAACAAAAAAAAAACAUGAAAUAACUAAUAAUAAUAAUUUUGCAUUACAAGCGUGAAAUGAUGAAGUAUAAAAGAAAGCGAAAACUGCGAAAAGCUUUCAAUAAGAAAUUAGUUUAGGCUUUUACACUGCCAGGAGAGGAUGAGAAGCGCGGAAAUAACAUUAAUUUUCAUUAUUAUGGGUAUAUAUAUUAAGUAAGGCACAUCACAACACAACAACAAACAACAACUCAAAUGUUAAUUAGAAAUAUAUUAACGCAUAUGUUUUCUCCAAGUUGCAGCCUACAAAAACAUACAUAACAACAACAAUAAACUACAACAACUUCAACUAUGAUAUUACAAUAGAAUUUACAGUAAAUAAACUUCAAUAGUUCCACAUGAUUAACAGAAGAAACUACUAC